AGUUGCCUAGUAUCGUACAUACAUCAUACUAGACUGUGUUAUACUGUUUUCCACAGGAGGAAGAGACACCGUCAUCUGCAAAAAAGUGGCAGAAACCAUUCUAAAACCUAAAGCCCAUUUGGCAUUUCACGCAUUUUAGAUAGUAGCACGUAUGUCAGCAUCGCCGCCUUAUUUGCGCUGCAGUGACAUAAGAGGGCUUAUUGUAAAAUAAGGCCGCAUUUUUGCGAAUGGACAUUUUUAUUUGUAUCGAAUCCGUUAACGACUCGGUAAAUGUGUGAACUGUGCCUUUUAUCAAGACACCAGUCAGACAUAUUCUGUCCAUUUUGUUGCUAAGGAGCAGAGGCUUUUCUUGGUUUGAGAGGUUGUAGACAGCGCGGAAAAGGUAGUCACGGAUGUCGCGACAGUCCAGUUUGUCCCGUUGCCACCGGGACCCGUGUUGGUGAGCGCUCAAGACUGAAAGCCGUGGAUCUGGGGGAGUGUCAGUGAAACGAACGAGAGGAAAGCCUGCCCUGGAUUUCAAUCAUUUGCGAGAUAAGGCCCGAACGCAGAGAGAAGGGACAGGGCCUCCUCCUUCGCCUCCUCCGCUUCGACGCUACCCCCUCAUUCCCUGUUUCCUCCGUGAUUUGCUAGGAUUCGCACGCGGGUGAAGUUGGAUACAUUUCGGUGAGGACUUACUUGAGAGCGAGGCCCCCUGGACCCCCUCCCCCACUCCCUUGCAACCCCCUCAAUCAAUCUACUUUCCCAAAUUUCGUGUGAGGAUUGGGAUUCCACAACCACCCAAGGUCCGUGUGGUUUAGUCCCGUCGAAGCCGGGCUCUCCAAACCAGGGGGAUGACUUUAGAAUCUAUGAUGGCUUGCUGCCUGAGUGAAGAGGCGAAGGAGUCGAAACGAAUCAACGCAGAGAUCGAUAAGCAGCUUCGCCGAGACAAGCGAGACGCCAGGAGGGAAUUGAAAUUACUUCUUCUGGGCACAGGCGAGAGCGGCAAGAGCACCUUCAUCAAGCAGAUGCGCAUCAUCCAUGGCGCAGGCUACACUGAUGAGGACAAGCGCGGCUUCACCAAGCUGGUAUACCAGAACAUCUUCACCUCCAUGCAGGCCAUGAUCCGCGCCACCGAGAAUCUCAAGAUCGGGUACAAGUACGACCAGAACAAGUCCAACGCCAUGCUGGUGAAGGAGGUGGACAUAGAGAAGGUGUCGUCGUUUGAGCCACCCUACGUCAGUGCCGUGAAGAUGCUGUGGGCCGAUCCCGGCAUCCAGGAGGCCUAUGACCGCCGCCGAGAGUACCAGCUCUCCGACUCCACCAAAUACUACCUGACGGAUCUGGACCGUGUGACCGCGUCCAGUUACGUGCCCACUCAGCAAGAUGUGCUGCGCGUGCGCGUGCCCACAACGGGCAUCAUAGAGUAUCCCUUCGACCUGGAGAAUGUCAUCUUCAGGAUGGUGGAUGUCGGAGGACAGCGUUCCGAGAGGCGGAAGUGGAUCCACUGCUUUGAGAACGUCACGUCCAUCAUGUUCCUUGUGGCGUUAAGCGAGUACGAUCAGGUCCUUGUGGAGUCCGAUAACGAGAACCGUAUGGAGGAGAGCAAGGCCUUGUUCCGGACCAUCAUCACAUAUCCUUGGUUCCAGAACUCCUCCGUCAUUCUCUUCCUCAACAAGAAGGACCUUCUGGAGGAGAAAAUCUCCUACUCUCACCUGGUGGACUACUUCCCUGAGUUUGACGGCCCGCAGCGGGAUGCACAGGCGGCCCGGGAGUUCAUCCUGAAGAUGUUUGUGGACCUGAACCCCGACAGCGACAAGAUCAUCUACUCGCACUUCACCUGUGCGACCGACACCGAGAACAUCCGCUUUGUCUUCGCCGCCGUUAAAGACACCAUCCUGCAGCUCAACCUUAAAGAGUACAACCUGGUGUGAGCCACCUGUGGGGCCUCAUACAGCACCCCCUAACACACACACACACACACUCAUACACAUGCGCGUACAUACACAAACGUACACGCUAACACUAACACACACACUCACUCAUAUAUAUAGGCAUAUAAACACACUACACACACAUGCACACACACAAAACAGAAACACAAAUACACAUAUACCUGAAUAUAUUUGUGCACUUGAGUGUGUGUGCACACAUGCAUCCCAUGCACAUUCUUGUGUAUGUGCAUAAACACACACAAACACACGCCCGCAUGCGCAUAGACAGAAACGUACAGACAAAUAGUGUAAAAGUUGAUAUGUGAAUCCCACUCGCACACAUAAACUGACACGUACCACUGUCUACUCCCUUUGAAUCUUCCUGCCCUACCACAAGCCCCGUCCUUCAUUUGUACACUUCAUUAUUUUUGCCAAAGCCACUCCUUCUGGUUGGCAGCUGUAGGGCCCUGAGAGAGUGUGUGUAUGUGUGUGUGUGUGUGUGUGUGCGUGUGUGUGGGCAGGCGAACGAGCGUGCAUGUGCACUCUAAACAUCCUUGUAGGCUCGGACACUGGAAGAGGUCCAACCCUUUCCCCACCACACGCCUAUCACCACCCUGACGACACUACUACUCUGACGACACUACUACUCUGACGACACUACUACCCUGAUGACACUACUGCCCUGACUCCUGUCGCUGCACUUCCCUUUCAUGUGAAACACACACACACGCACGCGCAUAGCGCCCCCUCACCUAGCUGUAGGCACAUCAUGAGGAACCACAGCCAGGACUUUGAUUGAAAGUUUGGCGCAGGCACUAACACACACACACACACACACACACACACACACACACACACACACACACACACACACACACACACACACACACACACACACACACACACACACACACACACACACACACACACACACACGCACAUAUAAGCACACACACACAUAUAUACACACACAUUCAGCAUACACAAGUCUUCAGCUCACGUGGUGAAUGUAUCUACAGGUGUGAGCAUUGCGAAGCAAAAACAAAAGAGACAAAAAAAAAAAAAAAGAUUACAGCACCAUAUAAAGUAGAACACCUGGAUGGCAAGAUUACAGCACCAUAUAAAGUAGAACACCUGGAUGGCAAGAUUACAGCACCAUAUAAAGUAGAACACCUGGAUGGCAACAAACUCCAGACUGAAAUCAAAUGACAUCUUUAUAAAGCUGAGCAGAAGGGGGUGAAAGGGGACGAGUUUUCCAAAAACAUAAACACCUGAAAUCUCUGUAAAUUCCUGAGAAACAAGAAAAACAACUAUAAUUACAUUUUUAAUAAUAGUGACUAUUGCUACUUGUACUUGCUAUGAAAUAUAACGGCAGAAUUUGAAGCAGUCUAAAGAAGCAAAAUGAAGAUCAGACUUAUUUAAAUAUUUGAAUACAUGUGCAAAUUAAGCUUGAUCAGAGAGUGAGACUGUGUGCUUGUGAGAGUGAGUGAUUUAUGUAUGAAAACAUGUAUGUAUGGGUGUGUGUGGUGUAAAUGGAUGCCAUGAGUAUCCCUUUGCGUAAUGUUGCGUAAUGUUUUAUGGUAGGCUGCCUCGCUUCUCUGCCCUGCACCGCCCCUCACAAACACCCAUCCCACCUUCUCGACCCCUGACCCCUACCUACACCCCCUGGCCAGGUUGUUUGGCUCACGUGAUUGGUUGGGCCGUAACUUGCCCUUGAUAGCAACUGGCACAGGGUGCUAUAGUCGUGCAAAUGGACGUUCACACACACCCUCCUCCCUUCAUAGUCCCACAAUCCCCUGCUUCCAUUUCUCCCUCCCUACCUGCAGAAUUGUGUGAUGGGGUGGCUUGCGAAGGCCCAGGUGCACAAUGUUUUUAAACCAGUUUACUUUUGUUUGUUUUUCACAAGGAAGCAUCAUCUAUCUAUCUAUCUAUCAGCUGACUCAAGUUUGACAUGCCGAAGCAAAGGAUGCUGGGAUGCGGGAUUGGGAGGGGUUUUAGGGGGUGGGGUCGCUUUGUGGGGGGGUUGGGGUUGAGCAUUAAUGUGCUGAAGUCUGAUGAAGUGAAUUGAUUGUGUAUAUUUAUAUUUGUAAAUACGUAUACACAUAAAUGCUUAUGUACAAAAAGUCUGUGGUACACUAUCUUUGGCAAAAGAAAAAAAAAUUAUAAUCCACUUUUUUCGUAACUGUGUACGGUUUUGUUGGGGGUUUUUAAUUUCUUAUGAAUUACAAUAUUAUCAUUGAUACUGUGAUUCUGUCUGUUUCCGUUUUGCUACCACCAUUAACGUGUCACGCAAGCUGUCGGGGCAGGACUCAUGUGCACAGAAAGGUCACCAAAGGUCAGAGGUGAAAAGUGACAUUGUCAACUCUGUGCACAUGACCACAACGCCCAGUCCAGAUCUCUCCUGUUUUAGCUUUUCUCCUUAUACCUACCAUAUAAUGAAAGAAUUGAAAUAUUUUCCUUUUUUGAAAGAUAAUUAAAUAAAUACAUUUUAUUUAUCUAAUUUAUGGACCAGAUUUGAAGGUGUUGAUAAUUUGACUGCUAUUUGUUUUGUUUUUUUCCUCGCUCAUAUUUGAAGUGCUCCCCGCUAACAGGUCAAGGUGGAGACAUGAGUCUAUACUGCUGUACAAACGUCUGUUAUGGAACUUUUUUUUUUCCUUUAGUGUAUUUGGGGAUUUUUAAAAGAAAAAAAAACUUUUUUGCCUCCAGACUUACUUGUUGCCAUUUUAUUACAAUGUCCUACCAUAAGAUAUAUACUCUUCCCUGUUAUAUAUAUAUUUUUUAAUCAGUUUGAAUUUUCUCAUGGGUUUUUGAUGCAACGCUUAAUCCAACCAUAGGAAACGUACCGUAUGAAAAAAAAGUAGACAGCUUUUUAAACAGUGAUUAGUGACCUAUUAGGUCCAUAUGCUUGCAACAUGUUUUAUUUCAUCUUCUCUGCUUCUUCUUCCUCUUCUUCUCCUUUCUCUUCUUCCUCCUCUUCUGUUGUUGUUGAUGUUUUUUUGUUUUGUUUUGUUUCUGGUAUUUCUAAAUAACACUGCUUGUUUUCUUCAUUGUGCAAGUAAGUAAUGUGCAGAUAGAACUUUCUAGCAAUUUUGGCGUUUUAAGCUUUUAUACUGAUGACCUCGCAUUCUCAUUAUUCAUCAAGGGCUAUCACUAAAAAAAUAUAUUGAAAGGAAGGAAGAUGAGAUGAAUUUUGCUAAAUUAGACUAGAUGAAUGAGGACGGUUGAAAAAAGGAGACGAGACGAGCGGCACAGAUGCCACUUGGUAAGAUCUGCGUGAGUGAGUCCUCGAGAGCUCACAGUGGUGAACAGAACAGGACAGAACAACAGGCUCACUAUUAUUAAAACCACCUAGUGAUGAAUUACACCAUUACUCAAGUAUGUAUGUGUGAGAGAUGACAUUAUUUUCUUUUUUUUUCUUCUUUUUUUUUCCUUUUUCUUUUUGCGGGACAGUAUGGUAGAUUGUGCUCUGGUUUCUGAAUGUCUGCAGCCUGGCAGAACCGGAGAGAGGGUUGGGCUCUGAUUUCUGUUGUAUCGGCUCUGUGCUCCCGAUCACACCACUCAGCCCAAUGUGCAUACCCCCCCCCCCCCCCCCCCCCCCCCCGCAGAGACUAAAGCACUGGCCUGGUAGAAUUUAUAAAACAUGACAUGGGCAAGAUGGUACAACUCAGCUAUACACAGAAACACGCAAACAUGGCUUCAGAGAAAAUGUCCUUUUACCAAGUCCAUACUGUGUUCUGUCCUAAAAUACUCUUGGUGGACACAAGAUUGAAUGUCCUCAUUUUUACUCUACUAAGGUUAAUUAUCAAUGUGUACGUGUGGAUCUCUUUCUUUCUUUCUUUCUUUCUUUCUUUCUUUCUUUCUUUCUUUCCUUCCUUCUUUUCUGUAUUAGAUAUAACAUUCCCCACUCACCGCCUUGUAACGACUAAUCUCAUCUGACAGUAUUUCUUCUAAGAGCGUACAAAAAAAAAAAAAGUAUACACAUCAAUGAGCGAACCCCUUGACUAUGCUGAGGAGGAACCACAUUUAAAAGUACACACUCCUCUGAGUGGUCACCCUCCCACAGAAUAAGAAGGCAGCUAAUGAUAAUGCACCCCAUCCUACAUGGCCCAGGGCACUUUGUGAGGACUCCUCAGGGUUCCUUAACAGUGGACAAGAGCUAAUGUUUUUUCAACAGUGUUAGACAAGUGGAGUUUGGGUGGUAAUGCCAAGUCCAUAGUUAGUAGGACUGCUCUGCAUUUCUGCUGUUUUCCCCGUACCACUAGGGGGCAGUUAUUCAUGCUUGGGUUGGAGAGUGGAGGAGAGAACCAGAAGGCAGCCCAUUUGGUUUGCUCUUCAGCUGAAGGUAGUUUAGUGGAGCACCAUAGGCCUCAUAGUUUGUGGAAAUUCGAUAGGUUGGGCGUUGGGUGUGUUGGUUCGUUUUCUUUUGUGUUGUUUUUGUUCAGUUGGUCUGUGUCAGCCACGGGACAGUAUUUAAUAAGACUGUUGAGAGACAUGGGACGACCCUGUUUAAGUCUGUGUGAGGGGUUUAUGAGCAUUCACUCUUGUUGCUCCAACUUGUAAAAUACCCGGCUCUCAGUUUCAUCCUCAAGUCUAAUCAGGACAGCAGUCCUUACUUUUGCCAUGACAAUUACGUCUCGCUAACAAUCAGAGCAAGGGUGCUGUACUUGCUUUUGCAGACAAUUUGAUGGUAUCUGCCUUUUUAUGGGGGUGUGGUACCUUGAGACAAGUCAGUAUCGUGUUGGUUAAAAUUCAAAAGAUUAUGUUUUUUCUUAAUGCUUGCCAGUAACCCAACUAACAUUACUCUUAAUUCAGCAUACCACCUCUUUGCAGUCACAGAGGAGGGUGCAAUUUUGGCAAGCUAACAUCUUGUUCCUGAGGGUUGUCAGUCACAGUAUAGUUUCAGAAACGGGUGUAUGUGAUGCUCCGUGUCGCAUGCGGAUGGAGGAGCCAUUUCGGAACAUGAUGGUACUGAACCUUAAAGGCCAGUUUCACAGUGAAACCAGUGGUAUUAGUAAUCAGUUGAGAACUCCCUUGUCACCCGGUCUAGAUAGUCUUUGUUUUAUGUUGCCGUUUUGUAUUUCAAGAGUUGCACAUAGACAUAUCGGCUGCUCUUCUGCUGGUGGCUUUCAUAUUACAUAUGUUUUUUUUUUGUUUUGUUUUUACCAGGGCAGUUGGGCAUGGCAGUUUCAGGCACCAGUAAAAGGGAGCGUGAAAGCUGGAGGGGGGAUUUAUUUGAGUCGUUCCACUGUUAAACACUUGGAAUAGACCUGGCGAUGACGCCCCUAUCGCCCUUUUGUCUCGCCUUUUGUACUCCGCAGUGGUCAGGAUGAAAUAGGCCAAGCCAGUGCUUCACUAUAUCCCCCUCAAACCUAGAACCUGCCCAGGUGAUUUUCUUGCGCUCUGUUGGGUGAACAGAAAGAAAGAAAGAAAGCCCAGUUCAUUAAGGCUCUCGGGCUGAAAUGUAGAUUCACAAAAUGGAGUCCAUAGCUCAUUGCAACAGGUUUACCAAUGAGCAGCUUUGUUAUUAGGUGAGCAAAAAUGCUGUGGGUUUGUCUGCUUUGAUUAACAGGAAUGCACAGCAAGGCAUUUCUGGCUGAAGGCCUACUUUUCUGCUGUUUUUAUUUUUAUUAUUAUUAUUAUUUCUUGUAUUUAACAUGACAUUACAUGAACACUAAGGCAUUUAGGACCACUCCAAUCUCUUUUUUUUCCUUCCUCUUUUGAUUGCAUUUCUCUCUUCCUUUCCUGCUUUUCAAAUCAAACAGGACAAUUUUUAGUGGUGUAUAAAAUACUUUUGUUCACCAUUUUAUUUUGUAAGUAUUCCAAAUGUAAAUGAUGUAAGAUACUGAGUGUGCCAACCCCCAUGUUGUGGAGAGAGCUUCUCCAUACAAGUGCCAAUGUUGUCCAAAUGGCGAGCGGACCUUCGCAACGUGCGCUCCCCCUUUUUAAAAGCGAAACACGAAACAAGUGAUAAACAAAAAAGUAUAUAAAUAUAAAUAUAUAUAUAUAACUUCAUUCUGUGUCGAAGGUUUAAGAAAGAAACUGCUGUUUUCUUUUCUCUUGCUCUUUUUUUGUAAACAAAUAACGAGUGAUUUUCAGAUGCAUGUGCUCUCUGUGGUAGUGGGCGGGGCUAAAGGAUUGCCCUUCCUGAAUGGGGACAUAUUAUUGGUUAUUGAUGUACAACAUUCUCGCCAUAUAUGUUUGUUUUUUUUGUUUUGUUUGGUUUUUUUCCCUUUCAUUUCUUUCUUUUUGUAUUUUGUUUUAAUUUCAACCACUGUUGCCUGAACCUCAUUCAAACAUGAAAAUGAUUUUCAUAGCCGCCUUCUAAAAAAACAAAAAUAAAAAAAGAAUAAAAGUAUCUGUUUUAAAUUUAAAUAAAUUUGUUCCUAUACUUUG